GUGAUUUUUGACAGUUGUCAAUGCGGUUGUAAAUAGAACUUUUCGCACCAACGAUUUGGUUUCGAAGACGUAAGAAAUGUUGGGUUUACAACGUUAUGCUAUAGUCCUGGCUACUCAAUUUUUUCGAAAAGCCACCUAUUCAGGCAAUGCUUUAAGAUCGUCAACAAAUGUUGCCACAAAGGAAGCUACACAAGGUAACAAAUCAAAUGAGGUCACAAAUAAGGUAGAAGUAGAAACUAAAGGAGAUGAGCCGGUUAAAAGGCCUAAAGGAAAACUAAUUGCCGCUGCUUUUGAAAACCUUAAAGAUGAUUCGACUAAAGAGAGAAUUUUGCCAGAACCCAAGUUAUCUUCGACUUCUCCCUCGUUACCCUCGAUUGACGAGCAAAUAAUCAACGCUAAAACGGUAAACUCAUUAUUAGCUUUAGCGGAAAACAAUAGUACUUUAACGCGCAAGCAUGCUUUGCGUAUAGUUUCUAUAUUGGCCGACUGGACUAGUAUGAACCGUGCAAAGCUGUCAGAGUUUGAAAACGAUUCUCGGUUUUUGCGUAUAUGUCGUAUGUUAGGGCGUAGUGUGCCGAAAGAUAGUAAUAGUUCUACCAAAAACAGCGAAAAUAAAGCUAAAAUAGAUGGCUUUCGAACAGAUGAUUUGAACACGGUCUUGGGUGUGGCAGGUGAUGACGAAGCUGCUAAACUCAUAGCCAGUAUUAGUGUGCCGCAAAUGGUGCGGGUUAUGACUACUUUAGCGGUUCGCAGGCGACGCAGUACACCGUUGCUGAGAUCUUUGGCUUUUAAUAUCAGCAGCGCUAAUGAGCAAUUAGAUUUAAAGCAGUGUGCUGACGUUUUUUACGCAAUGGCUAGCUUAAAUUUCCAAGAUGUUGUGCUAGCUGCCAAGCUUUGCGCUGAUAUACAAGUGAUGCUGCCAAAAAAUAAUGAUAAGUCAGCGGCGGUUGGGUCAAUUUUAACUAGCUUGGGUAUAUUGAAGUAUAGAGAUUUAGAUGUUCUAGAAUCUCUAACACAGUGGAUGUUACAGCACAGCGAUAUAUGUCGUCCCCAGGAUUUAAGUGCUCUAUUUCUUUCUUCAGCUACGCUAAAUUUUAAAACUACUCAAAUGGAGCAGGUGCGUUCCAAGCUACUUGGCACUAUUGUCCAACACGAUUUUCCCAAAAACCAUGAUUGGAUGAAUCAUGUGUGGGCGUUAGUUUUAGGUGGGUUGUGCGACCACAAGCAUUUGGAAAGCGUUUUAAGCACAGCAUUCAUUGAAAAACUUCAGUCCGAACAACCUGCUGGUUUAACUGCAACAACGAAGAUGAAACUUUUAAAUGUAAACAGUUACGCGCAACUGAUUGCCUCAAAUUAUCAAGGACCUUUUCUUGCGAAAGAGAAUCCAGUCUUUGAUGUACCCAUAAGUCAUGGGAAGUCUAAGCAAAUCUUAGUCAAUGGUAUGCUGGAUGCUCUAAAAAGCCUAUUAUCCUCUAAUAAUUAUGUAAAAAGCCUACAAGAUAGUAAAAUGGGGUUUUUAAUAGAUGCUUUAUGCGUUUUUGAUGCUAAACGCAAUCCCCUCCCUAUUGAUAAGGACCAUCAGGACGGUAUUAGAGUGGCCUUAAUGGUGGUCGAUUAUCAUGAUGUCUGUCAUGGUGCCCAUCGAGCAGCAAGUGGUAUUACCACUUUAUGCUUUGAUCUGCUCGAAAAGAAGGGCUAUCGUGUGUUACCCAUACCAUACAAUGAAUUCAGCACAAGCGAUAAAUUACUAAAACGCGUGCAAUAUCUAGAGGCUAAAUUUAAAUCAUUAAUUAGCAGUAAAACAAAUAAAUAAAAUGCAGUACGAAAAGGA